AUGGCAGAUAAUAACCACUCCCACUUCCAACAUCUUUACUUUGUCUUAACUGGAAUUCCAGGGCUUGAGCAAAAGUAUUACUGGAUGGCAUUCCCUCUGGGUGCUAUCUAUGCCAUUGCCCUCUUUGGCAAUGGUGUCAUCAUCUCUACCAUUAAGUCUGAAUCAUCUCUGCAUAUCCCUAUGUACUACUUUCUGUGCAUGCUGGCCUUGGCAGACAUGGGGCUUGCCCUUUGUACUUUGCCCUCUAUGUUAGGCAUAUUCUGGUUUAACUACAAGUUCAUUGCUUUUGAUGCCUGUCUUGUUCAGAUGUAUUUCAUCCACACCUUCUCAGCCAUCGAGUCUGGUGUGCUGGUGGCAAUGGCCUUUGAUCGAGUAGUGGCAAUCUGGAGUCCCCUCAGAUACAGCACUGUUCUAACCAGUGGUGUGGUCUGCAAAACAGGGGUGGUCAUCUUGUCAAGGGCAGUUUGUGUCGUUUUGCCUGUGCCUUUCCUCAUCAAAAGGCUCCCUUUCUACCGCUCUAACAUCUUGUCUCACUCCUUCUGCCUCCACCAAGAUGUCAUGCGCCUUGCCUGUGCCAGCACCCGUGUCAACAGUCUCUAUGGCCUCAUCGCUGUCAUCUUCACCAAGGGUUCUGACUCCCUCUCCAUCCUCCUCUCCUAUGUGUUCAUUCUUCGAACAGUAAUGGCUAUUGCCUCAGGGGAGGGCCGUUUGAAGGCACUUAACACCUGUGUUUCUCACAUUUGCGCUGUACUCAUCUUUUACGUGCCACUCAUUGGGGUGACUGUUAUUCAUCGUUUUGGUAAGCACCUGUCACCACUGACUCAUGCCAUCAUGGCAAAUGCCUACCUUCUUGUACCCCCGGUGCUAAAUCCCAUAGUCUAUACUGUGAAGACCAAAGAAAUACGAAGAAAGAUCAUCCAGAUAUUUGUUCAGAACAAGAUUACUACAGAAGGUUAG